GGGAGCCAAGCCUAUGCACAAGCCAGGGCUUUACCUGGAUACACAUUUGUCUGUCUGUCCUUCUGGCUGUUCCAUCUGAUCAACAGGAGGGGACUCCCAAGUCUAAGGACUUGCAAAAGGGAGGGAAGCUGAGCAUGAAUGGGACUGUCACAUUUCAAUAUACAAACAAAAAAUCCCAUAUUUCCUUCUGUGCAAAUUUCCUUGGAAGACACUGCUAUGGCUGUCACCUACGUAAAGCUGCUCCUGCACCACUAGUUUAGUCAUUUUAUUGCAGGGGAGUAGCCAGCCUUUUAUGAGGAGCAGCGUCACUCAUGCACUGGAACCUGAGAGCACCUUGCAAUAUUAUGGCUGCUUACUAUCAACCAGGAACCUUAAGGAAAGCGAAUAUGUUCCACUGCUACGCACUCAGCUGAGAAAGACUGAACAAUGAGAUAAAUAGAAGCACUAAGGUUCAGAACCCCUCAGCUAAUUAUAGCAAUAGUACCACUUGGUACCAUUUAAGGAAGGCACUGCCUAUGGGCACAGAAGGUUGUGUGUUUUGUGAUGAGGAGGACACCAAAUUCUGAGGGCAGGAUGGCACUGCAUGUUCAAGUUGUGCAUUUUCCCGAGAACUCCUCUGAAGGCUGGAUAACCCGAGGCACUAAUGUGACUAACAAAACAUAUUCUCCCCACAUGGAGCUUUAAUACCGCAGCUUAGCUUUGCUAACUUUUUCCAGAUAUUGUAUUUUUUUUCCCUUCCCUUCUCUUUUCUGUUUUUUUUUCUUUCUCUGUUCCUUUUGUGCAUCUAAUUUACCAACACCGUGGCAUAAAUGGAUGGACCCACGCCUGUGAAACACUGUGAUAAUGUGCCCGGCACAUCCUGGGCAUUGCUGGGCUCAUGGAACACGUUAGCUGCAACAGACCGUGACAUUGGCAGCUAUGCCGAGACAUUUUGGAUUACCCCCAUUGUAAAGAAGAAGGAACAGCUGGGAAGUUAAUGUUGUGGACCCUGCGAAAAUGAUGCACGUCAAUAAUUUUCCAUUUCGGAGACAUUCUUGGAUAUGCUUUGAUGUGGACAAUGGCACCACAUCGGGACGGAGUCCCCUGGAUCCCAUGACAAGCCCGGGAUCGGGGCUGAUUCUUCAAGCCAACUUUGUCCACAGUCAGAGAAGGGAAUCCUUCUUGUACAGGUCAGACAGUGACUAUGAACUGUCUCCAAAGUCCAUGUCCAGGAACUCCUCCAUUGCUAGUGAUAUACAUGGAGAUGACUUGAUUGUAACACCAUUUGCUCAGGUACUGGCCAGUCUGCGUACUGUAAGGAAUAAUUUUGCUGCACUAACCAAUUUGCAAGAUCGAGCACCCAGCAAACGAUCCACAAUGUGUAACCAACCAUCCAUCAACAAAGCAACUAUACCAGAGGAGGCCUAUCAGAAACUGGCCGGCGAGACCCUGGAGGAGCUGGACUGGUGCUUGGACCAGCUGGAGACUUUACAGACCCGGCACUCUGUCAGUGAGAUGGCUUCAAAUAAGUUCAAAAGAAUGCUCAAUCGGGAGCUAACCCACCUCUCUGAAAUGAGCCGAUCCGGCAAUCAAGUUUCAGAAUACAUCUCCAACACCUUUUUAGAUAAACAGCAUGAAGUGGAAAUGCCUUCACCGGCCCAGAAGGAAAAGGAGAAGAAGAAGAGGCCUAUGUCUCAGAUCAGUGGGGUGAAGAAACUAAUGCACAGCUCUAGUUUAACAAAUUCAAAUAUUCCCAGGUUUGGAGUCAAGAGUGAAAACGAAGAAUGUCUAGCCAAGGAACUUGAAGAUGUGAACAAAUGGGGCCUUAAUAUUUUUAAAGUAGCGGAGUUUUCCGGAAACCGACCUCUCACAGUCGUCAUGCACACUAUUUUUCAGGAACGAGAGAUGUUGAAGACGUUUAAGAUUCCAGUAGACACCUUAAUAACAUACUUAAUGACGUUAGAAGAUCAUUACCAUGCCGACGUGGCUUAUCAUAAUAACAUCCAUGCAGCAGAUGUCGCUCAGUCUACCCAUGUGCUUCUGUCAUCUCCGGCUUUGGAGGCAGUCUUCACAGACCUGGAAAUCCUUGCUGCAAUUUUCGCCAGUGCAAUACAUGAUGUGGAUCACCCCGGUGUCUCCAACCAGUUUCUCAUCAACACAAACUCUGAAUUAGCCUUGAUGUACAAUGACUCGUCCGUGCUGGAGAACCACCAUUUAGCUGUAGGCUUUAAGCUGCUGCAAGAGGAGAAUUGCGACAUUUUCCAGAACCUGACCAAAAAGCAGAGGCAAUUGCUUAGAAAAAUGGUCAUCGACAUAGUUCUAGCAACAGAUAUGUCAAAACAUAUGAAUUUAUUGGCUGACUUGAAAACAAUGGUUGAAACAAAGAAAGUGACAAGCUCGGGAGUCUUGCUUCUGGACAACUAUUCAGAUAGGAUUCAGGUACUACAGAAUAUGGUCCACUGUGCAGACCUGAGCAAUCCCACAAAACCUUUGCCGCUUUAUCGACACUGGACAGAUAGAAUCAUGGAGGAAUUCUUCCGGCAAGGAGAUCGGGAGAGAGAAAGAGGCAUGGAGAUUAGUCCCAUGUGUGACAAGCACAAUGCAUCUGUUGAAAAAUCACAGGUGGGAUUCAUAGACUACAUUGUUCAUCCACUGUGGGAGACAUGGGCAGAUCUCGUUCAUCCCGAUGCCCAGGAUAUCUUAGACACACUAGAGGACAAUCGUGAAUGGUACCAGAGCACAAUUCCCCAGAGUCCGUCCCCUGCACCCGAUGAGCAGGAAGAAGGCAAACAAGGGCAGACUGAAAAAUUCCAGUUUGAACUGACACUGGAAGAGGAUGGGGAGUCCGAUACAGAGAAGGACAGUGGGAGUCAGGUGGAAGAAGACACCAGCUGCAGUGACUCAAAAACUCUUUGUACGCAGGACUCAGAAUCUACUGAAAUUCCACUGGACGAUCAGGUGGACGAAGAGGAGAGCCAGCUAGAGCCUAACUCCAUAGAGCAAGCGCACUCUCCUGACACGUAACAGAGCGAAAACCUUCCCCUCUCUCCCUUAUUUCAUUUUUGUUUUUUAGAAAAUGGUUUCCAAAGUGCAUGAAACAUGCCACAAACCAUGGUCACGCCUCACUUUCAUCUGCUGGGAUGUUUGUUGAUCAAAACUGACAUAAUCUACUCAGUUUGGCACUCAGGAAUAUUACCAUUUCCAUGGCGUCGGAACGUGAGCAGAAAAAAUCCUCGGAGAACGACGGACGAACAAAUCUGUGGAAAGAACAGGGCAGUCUUGGUUUUGGGGAUUUCAGGAGAAGACAGCGACGACUUGCCCCAGCUAGCGGAUACUGAGCAAGAAUCCCGCACGGAUGCCAGUGAAAGGAUAAUACAGCGGCGCAGAAGGAUGAGCUGUGGAGAUUUCAUCAUUUUCUAAUUUUAAGUCUUCCUGAUUAAAAAAAAAAAAAAAAGACUGAAAAGAAAAAAAAACCCUAAAUGUGCGGCAUUUUGUGCCGCACCGUCCUCCGCAUUUUGUAUCAUAUGUAAAACAGAGAUUUUUUUUUUUCAUUUUUUAAGAGCUUACUUUUAACAGUAAAUAUUAUAUUGAGGUAUUAUUAUAUUUAAAGAAAAAAAGUACAUUUGGAAAUUUUCAUCCGCCACUGAUUCUUUUUUUUCCAAAGAGUAACUUGCAAGUUCUCAUGACAAAUAAUGUGCUACACUGGAUGACUUAAACUCCUGGUUAUGGAUUAUUUUGCACCUUAGAAUUUCACAGCAAUGAACUGAACUGUAGAACUCCAUUCUUUUUUAUAUGCUUGCAUUCUUUUAUACACUGUCUCGCAGGAAACCCUUUCAGUACAACUUCGUUUUUACUCUUCUUUUAAGAUUGUGAUUAGCACAGAACGAAUGCAUCGGGCACUUUCCCAUUCAGUACGGAAGGUCACCCCUGGUUGCUUUUUCUGUUGUUUUUUUUGUCUUUGCUUCGUACAAAUGGCAGAGUAGGAUAACCUUCAGUGUUAAGCGCUUGUGUGCUUCUCUGGGCCCAUCGUGUAUAUCUGUGCAAUGUAACAAUUUGAAGAUCUUGGUUCCAGACCAAGGUCUUUAAGAAUGCCUCAAGCUGUGUGUUCUUUUUUUUUUUUUUUGCUUUACAGGUGUGCGUACGAUAGAAAGUCAAGUAUCAACUCUGCAAAGUGCUACAGGCACAUAUAGUCACAUUCUACCAAUGUAAACGUUUAGUAGGCACUAUGAUUGCUAACAAAAUUUACUGUACCUGAACAACUGGGUCUGGAGACGACAUAGUCCCUCUCUUAACUCCAUAGCGGCAGAGGGGUCUUUGUAUCAGAGAUUUCUUUGUCGUCCAGGCUACUGUUUAUAACAGAUUCCUAACGCUAUCCUGUGAUAGAAACCCAAGAACAUCUGAAGCAGUGAUAACCAGUCUGUGGCUCUGGACCGGCAAAGGAUUAUUGGGGUGGGGGGAAUAAGCUUGGGGGUCACAGCAUCACUAGCAUAUAGUAUGUAGGCAUUCAAUGCAAUUUAAAAACCGCUCAAUACCCACAGUCCCUUUCAGACUUGUGGCUUCACUGGUCAAAGUAAAUUCAUCUGCAUCUCAUAAUGUGUUUAGUUGCAUGCAGAUUGAUGCUUUUCAUGUUUAAACUGGCCAAAAAUAUUUUUGACUAAAAAGAGAAAAAAAAAAAAAAUGUUAAAGUUCUUGACAUAGGACUUCAGCCUUCGGCUUAGCCUUAAGUGUCUCUUACUUAUGUUCCAGAUCUUUUUGUUUUUCUUUUGUCGAGCGACGCUAGCAAACACACCUUCUACGGUCUGUACUCCAGCAACAUAUCCGUUAUUUCAUGCUCGAGCAGCGGCGCUUUACAUUGCUGCCCAUCAUGUAGACUUUUUCUCAGUGUUUAAACCUCAUCCUAUUUAUCGAUUCAUGUUUUUUUUUUUUACCCAUGUAGUGCCUGGAAUGUAACAAGUUAAAAAAAAAAAAAGAAUAAAAAAUAAAGCAAUAUUAUUUCCAAAUAUAACAUAUACCUGAAAGGGUUAACAACUGCACUAAUGGAAAUUGUCGCAUUUAAAGGAACAUGCCACCGCAUUAAAGGAAAAAGAAAAAAAAAAUUCCCAUUCAUUAUCCAUGGACAAUCAACUAGUAUGAAAAGACAUUGUUUUGUAGAUCCAGGGAUCUAAUGCACUGUACAAUCCUUUUUUUUUUCCUUAUUAUUUUUCUUUUUUUUUUAAUUCUAUUUUUUUUUUUAUUUCCCUCUUUUGCCAAAAUUCUGAGUGGCUUUACAGUCCCUGUAUUUUUUAUUUUCUGUUUCAUUUGAAUUUGAUUUGCCAUAAGUGAGGCCGUAGUGUGGCUGUACGGCCUCAGUGUCGGUUCCACGCUGUAACAGUAGACUUUAGCUUGCAAGUUGCUGUUUCACAACAACCCACAUUCAGUUUUAACCUCUGUACAGUAGGUACAACUAAAUAGCUUUCAAAGUAUAAAAAAGAAAAAAAAAAGACUUGAAUGAAAUGGAUAUACAGAGAGCUGUGUCAAUUCUUUUAAAGAGCAUAUUUAUUUUAUAUUAUGUUGUGCCAUGCAUUUUACUUUCUCACCAGAUGACCUUACCUGUAAUACAGUCUUGUUUGUCUCUGUUUACAACCAUGUAUUUAUUGUAUUGUACAUACUAUAAUGUUAAUUGUAAAUGACAAGUUGUUAUUAUGACAUCAUCUGCAAGAAGGUGGUGCGCUUAUAUCUUUAAACUCUUGGUGAGAGAAUGAAUAUUCUGUAUAUUUACUCCUUGUACAUUUUUUUUUCUUCUGUAUUAUAAUAUGUCACCUUAGAGCUUCUUUAUGGGAAAUUUGAGAGAAAAAAAAAGAAAAUGUUUGAGAAAAAAAAUCACCUAUAUAAAAAGCUGCAGGUCUUUGGUCCCAGGGCUGUGCCUUAACUCUAAAAAAAAAAAAAUAUAUAUAUAUAUAUAAGUAUAUAUUUUGUCGUGUUUUGCUGCAUUUAAAAGAGCGACAGGUGAGAGUGCUGAGGGCUGGGCAUUCCAAUAUUUAUUUAUUUAUUUAGAAGACGUCCAUGUAGGAUAAUGUAGCACUUUAGAACCUGCAUUACACCGAAGCCGAUACAAGGACACUACUAUCCGACAGCAGGGGAAACUCUGCUUGUUCUUGGCACCAAGUUUUUUUCCCAUGGCGCAUUUGGCUCAUAUAGGCUAAGGGGCAUAUAUGCUGCCAUAUUAUUGCCACAUUUUAAACGAAUAGACCCUUUGGCAGCAAUGACGCUUCUCAUAUACUGUAUUAGGGAUGGCAAAUGGAUCUUCCCUAACAGUUAUCUACAUAUCCAUGCCUGGCGAUGUGUGGGGAUAUAAAGCCCCAUGGCUUUGUAUGCUCAACCACAGAAUUGAGAAUAUAAUAUGACCAGGAAAUCUCCAUGUAUUUCAGCACAGCUCCAGAGAUAUAUUUAUGUUAUUAACUUAGGGGUUGUGGCCUAAAAAUUGACCAGUCUGCUAUUUAAUAUGGUCAAGUUUCCUUCUUAGAAAUGAAUAAUAGAAAUUGGAUAUUGUACACAAUUCUUUACUGAAUCAUGGGAUGAGAAGGGUUCCCAGGCAUAACGGGGGUCCCAUCCAGUAACACAGGUUUGUGAUCCCUGGGAAUGCAUUGCUGCAAAGCUAUGAGAGGGGUGGUACGCUCAAACGCUGCCUCCAUAUUGGGCUUUAAGAGUGCACCAGUGGUUUUCCAUGUUAUUUAUUAGGCUUUGGCUGAGGGUGCAGAUUGAAGGGGAAACCAUCUCUAGAAAGAGAGGGAGCAAUGGCACAACUUUGUCUGAUGCAGGGAUACCCUUUAUCUACCAAGUCCAGUUGUUAGAAACAUGUGACCCUCUAGCUGCCAAGGGGCGUCCCCAAUCAUCUGGCUGGGAAUAGUGAUAGCAGUGGGAGGGUUCUUUGCCUUGUGGAAAACCAAAACUGUAUGGUGGCCGGUUGCCCCCAUUUUCCAAUGCAACACAGCGCUAGUCUCUUUUCCAUUCCAUUAAUGCCCAGCCAUCACAGGAAGUGACUGUUCAGUGAAAGGGGAGAUUCUUUUUUCAUAAAUAAUCAGAGCCUCCUUUUUGACACACAAACUGUAGAUUUUAGCAGCCCUGGUCCAAAGGAUUUUGAUUGCUUUUAUUUUAAACAGUAUAAAAAGGGAUAUUAAAACAACAUCAAAUCCACAAUCACUUUUUUGCUGUUUGUUUUUUUUUUUUGUUUGUUUGUUUUCCUUUCCUUUGUUUCUUUUGGGUAUGUCACUAGGAUGGCAUCCCAUGUGAACAGUGCAAAUGGUUUAUUUUAUUGGCUUCCUAGCCUCUUUAACAGCCUAUGGGAUAGUACUGUAAAUCAGUAUCUUCAUAUGAAAUUUUUAUAUGCAAUGGAAAUAAAAGCAUGGGUUGGUUCUGCUUA